CUGAGCUUUGUUUCGUCAUCUCCUCUUUUGUGGUGAAAUAAUAAAAAUCCCGUUGUGUUCAAAGAGGAGCAGCAGCUUUUAUAAAGCCGGAGGGAAGAAGUUCUUCAUCAGGACCGAAGCGUUCAGACGUGAAGAUGAGGAGCGUCAUUGUCUUGCUGGCCGUGCUGUGUGUGUGCGACGGCGUAAAGUUUGGUCAACUCUGCAGUGGAAACACUGCCAACAGCAGGAGGACGUCCGACAGCUGGGGACAGGGACACUAUGGAGCCAGAAGGGGGACCAGGGAGCACAAAGGUCUGGACAUCAAGUGCAAUGACGGAUCAACUGUCUACGCUCCGUUCGACGUGACUCUCAACGGACGCGUCACCGUCUACAACGACCGCAACAAGGCGGCCAUCAACAGCGGCAUCAACCUGAGAGGAGAAGGUCUGUGUUUCAAGCUGUUUUACGUCCAGCCGGACCGAGUCUCUGGGUCGGUGCUGAAGGGCGAGCGGAUCGGCGUCAUGAUGCCGAUGCAGAGCGUCUACAGAGGAAUCACUUCGCACGUUCACGUCCAGAUGUGCGACAAGAGCGACCCAACGCCAUACUUCUGAUUCUGAUCGUUUGAUUGGCUGUCGGUCUGAAAUCACUGAUGUUAUAAAUCAAUGAAAUUUAAAGAGUA